GGCCAGAUGAUGCCGCACCCCGUGGCCUCGCCUGGCGCAGUGAUACGCACUUUUUUCUCCGUGGGCAUGCGGAUAUACACUUGAUGACUUGAUACGGCACGAUAAGGGGGCAAACGGUGGCGUGUGCGAAUUGCAAGUGGUGAAUAAUGGAAAUCGCUCAUCCAGCCGUUUCCCAAAGCAGUAGUCACGUCUCGUAAUUGGCAUUGCUAAGGGCCUAAAUGCCUCUUUGUUGCACUCGGGUGUCGAGUUCACCGCGCGAGGUUGGCGAUGCCCUCAAUUUCUUCACCUUUACAUCAACACGUCUGUCUGCUAGUGCUACUCGUACAUGUUAACGAAUCGGUCCCUGCAUCCUGCUGCAUCCAGGCGGCAAAGCUCGGCUGCCAUCGCGCUUCCCCUAGGGCCUUUGCGGAAUACAAGCGCCGGAGCGUUACGGCUUGUGGGAUCUUGGAGAAGCCUGCGACCCCAGAUCGCCCCAUGGGCAGCCCGUCCGGCCCCGUUGAGAUCGGGAGUUCCAGGAACCAUCUGCGGUUGCAUUCUCGUCUGCCCAGUACCGUGCCCUUCUUUAGCCGCGGCAGAGGCGCCGGGACGGACGUGCAGAGCCUUAAACUCUCCAGAGGCGACCAACGAGAUGCUGCUUUGUAGAUGCCCAUCGGCUCCAAUGUUCCCACUUUCACAAGUCUGCCCGGCACGAAAAUUAAGCCACAAGAACGCGAGGGAGCGGCUC